AUGGUAUCGCCCAGUUACAGGUGCGGUCGUGCCGGCAGGGUCACCGCCGCCCUGCUGCUGGCAUCGGCACUCGCCAUCUCGCCAGGCUCGGCCAAUAUAAUCGGCGGUGAUGUUGGCCUCGACCAGCAGGUCCUGAUGCCUGUUGGCCCGGGCCCUCUACUCCCUUCACAGCCCAACACGGUUCAUCCCGGUGAACACACCUUUACUCUUCGACACAUCUACCACCACGGCACCAACAGACACCCGACGCUUCACAGAAAGCUAGACGUCGUCCAUGACCAAUCCCGGGUCUUUCUCGCCGCCGACGAUGGAUAUGCCGAGCACACUGUGCCGAAGCUCACAGCCAAGAGUCGUGGCGAGACGAUCGAGCGGCUAGUUGACAGGCGGCCCUCCGUUGUCGACCCCAUCGUCGCCGAAUCUCGAAAACAAGGCUAUGCGGCCGCUCUAGAUGCCUCUGCAUGGACGAUGGACCAAGUAUCCUCGCCCGACAUCACCGAUAAAAACACCGUUCUUACCAUGGCAUACGUUGCCGCUGAUGCCUACGUCGAAAAUGAUGGGCAGACUGAUUGGCAAGACAUUGGCACCCCUUACAACAAAACUCUCGACUUUGGUUGGGGGACGGACGGUCUUCGUGGUCAUAUCUGGGCUGACGAGAACAAUUCCACUGUCAUCAUCGGCCUCAAAGGGACAUCCCCUGCCGUCUUUGAUGGAGAGGGCACAACGACCAACGACAAGGUUAAUGACAACUUGUUCUUCAGUUGUUGCUGCGCUCAACAGGGCCAAUGGACGUGGCACCAGGUAUGCGACUGCGCUACCGGCACAUAUGCCUGCAACAACACAUGCGUGAGGACAGCCCUGCAAGAGGAGAACCGGUACUACGCCGCGGCUCGCGAGCUCUACUCCAACGUCACGGAACAGUAUCCCGACUCCAACAUUUGGAUAGCAGGCCAUUCUCUCGGAGGUGCCGUCUCUUCUUUCCUAGCCCUGACUUAUGGCCUACCCGCCGUAACCUUUGAGGCCGUACCAGAAGCGCUUCCGGCAUCUCGACUGGGCCUCCCGAUUCCCCCUGGAGCAAAUCCCGACACGCCACAGACACGAGCCUACACAGGGACGUAUCACUUUGGCCACACCGCAGACCCAGUAUACAUCGGUACAUGCAAUGGAGCAACUGCUACGUGCUCGUUUGCUGGCUAUGCCAUGGAGUCUACUUGCCACACCGGCUAUGAGUGUGUCUAUGAUGUUGUGGCGGAUAAGGGGUGGCGAGUUGGUAUCGGCACGCACAAGAUUCGGUCCGUCAUCUCAGAUGUCAUUCUCAAAUACGACACGGUUCCCAAAUGUGUUCGUACUCCCGAUUGCCGAGACUGUGGUCCCUGGAAAAUGUACGAGAGCAACGGCACUGAGACGACCACGUCUGCGGUUCCCACCACAACCUCUCGAACACGCACACGUACGUCGACGUGUCAGACUCCUGGCUGGUGGGGAUGCUUGGACGAGACAACCACAGGUGGCACACACGUGCCUGAACCUACGACGACGACCACUACUACCUCGACUUGUAAGACACCUGGCUGGUUUGGAUGCAAAGACAAGACGACGACGACGACGACGACGACGACGACGUCGGCGAGCACUUCUCGAUCCACCGUAACAACGACUUGCGAAACUCCCGGACGGUUCUGGGGCUGCAACGAUGAUGAUACUCAGACAAGCACUCCGUUCGCAACAAUCCCCGCAACUACAACCUGCGAAACCCCUGGCAGGUUCUGGGGCUGUAAUGAUGCGGUGACAUCUACGACCACACAAGCUGCCGCUGGGAGCACCGCUCCAACCAUCACAGCUGCCCCCACCGAGGUGCCAACGUAA